GACUCUAAAAAUAAAACAUGCUCUCCGUUCAUUCUUAAUUCCCUUCCAACGAGAAGCUUUUAACUGGGAUAGAGUCUGGUGUUGCAUCAGUCUGCUGCACGAUGUUAACCCUGAAGUAUCUCUACAUUAAACCGAAUUUCGAAACACCCCAGGAGGCUGUCGAGUGGGACAAGCUUCAAAAGCUGAUUGCUAACGUACGGCAGUUUCAUGAUGACUUCGAUCGAAUUGUGCUGCACAAGGAUCUCUUUCGGACCUUUUUCUAUUACUACCUGCAAGAGAUACGGCACCGUAUUAUACGCAUUUUGAUGGACUUCACCAAGAUCGAAUGGUGUGAAUCGAAACCAGAGGGACUGCCUGUGGACCCUUACGGAUUUCCUGCCGCAGCACCGAUCAAGCCGAAGAGCAAAAAGAGAGAACCGGACGACAUACCGGAUUACACGAUUCGAAUCAAGGGUUACAAAGAAAAGUUUCCGUUGAUUUGCUGCGAUGAACAGUUCCGCACGUUAGCCUUCCUGAGGCUGCACUACUACGCUGUGCACGAGAAAACUUACCUAUUGGCGGCCACCACUUGUGAGAUGAAAGCAGCCCUUCUCCGGAUGGUAGUCUUUCGCAGAAGUUUGGAUAAUUUUUUGAAAACCGGCAUGAAGGCAAACAACGGGUUAUGCUUCUAUCUUACAAAAAUUCUUCGGAGAAUUAUUUCCAUAAUUCGUUAUUAAGUAGUUGACGAAGCAAAUGUUCGAAACGGUAUAGUUAUAAGAAAAACACCCAUUUCUUGGAUGCAUAAGUUUUGCUGUUAAGUUUUACGACACUCUUAACCAAACAGGCAUAUAUUUCAAAACUCUAGCGUUGCGUCCAGGCGUCUCAGUAUCCGCCGUAAAUUCAGCAGCAACUCACAGCUCGAUUCCUGCCCAACGGUCAGAUAGUUUUUCAAGU